UCAAGAACGGACUCGUAAUGCGUCCAGUCUGGCUGCCAUGCGUCUGUCUGUCUAUGGUCGCGCAGUUCCCUCCCACCUGCCCACCCCUACGAAUGCACAUUGCACACACAGGUAUCCACACAUCAUCAUGAAUCAUCUUAUGCACACCGUAUCGACGGCCGAAAAUCGAUAGGGGCGGGCUGGGCGGCCGGUGGGAGCGGUCCCCGCCAGUGGGACGCCGCUUGAGUUUGCCCAGGUCACUCGAGUCACGCGAUCUGCCCGCCCGUCUGACCUCCUCCUCCGUGACUUCCUCGCCGCCCAUGAACUUGAGCUCGGGGUCGACCUUCAUCUCGGGGCGGCGCCGCUCCAUCGGCGGGCCGAGAUCCUCGUCGUCAUACAUGCCAACACGCUUAGACAACAACUUAAUGCGCUUCAUACGAGCCAACUGAGAGACCACAAACCCAUGCGACACGAUGGCCAUCGGUCGCCCGUGUUAGUGCUUUCAGCGUUGUCACGUACCGUGUCUUGUGAGCAGGGGCGUGAUUUGGGUCGGUCACCGUCCUCCUGCUCAUGGUCACGGCCGCGGGCACCGCCCUCACCGGCAGCAUCAUGGUCACCGUCUCGCUGGCGGCCGCGGCUGGUGUGGCGAUCCCGCUGCUGGUCGCAGUGGCGGUCCUCCAGGCUCUCCACAAACGAAGGGGCAGUACGACCUGCACACACAGACACAGACAUUGACCAACACACACGGGGCGGAACAUUGCAACCACGUCGUCUCCCUGAUCUGUCGCCAUUGGCUUGACGUGGAGCAGCGCCCCUUUCCGUCUCCUCAUGCUCAUCUCCCUGGUCCUCCGGGCUGGGUGGCCGGUGGCCACAGUCCCCGCCAGUGGGACGCCGCUUGAGUUUGCCCCCGUUAAGACGACCGAUGCCCAGGUCACUCGAGUCACGCGAUCUGUCCGCCUCGCCCGGCGUGAGGUCAACGCCCCUCCCGACGUUCCUCUCCAUCGCUGCGGCCGCCUCUGGGGGUGAGAAGAGGGUGCCUCCUUCCUUGAGUGAGCCUGACUGCUCUGGCGGCCCUCUGGCUGGUGUACGAUAGUGGGAGGGGGCUUCGGACUGUGGCGGGACUGAGAAGGGCUGGCCGUACUCGUCCGCCAGGUGCGGCUCCUCGCCGAUGCCGUUGAUCUGCGGAUACGCAAAGGCCGCCGGCGCUGUGCCGGCACGACGGUCGCGAGCUGACAAAGAGGAAACGACAAACAGAUGCGCGAGUGUCUGUGUCCUCUGAGUGAGUGGUGCUGUGUCCGUUCUCACCUCCUGGGUCGGGUGACUGGUUGCUGACACUCGACAGGUCGAUGUCGUGCCGCAUCUGGUCCUCCACCGUUCUGCCGACACCGAUGCGACCACCGGACAUGUCACCGCCAGCCGCAUGGGGGCCGGGCUUGAUGUUGCACCGCCCGGGUGGCCCAGGCAGCUGCACACGACGGGUGUCAUUACUUCGCUCUCGCUGCAGCUGCAGGAAAGAUUGGAACGAAGCACGGGGUGGACGGAUAGCUCGCCGUGACGUUAAGGGAGGCGCCUGAGGCUCGUCCGGAAGAGACCUCCUCUGCUGCGCGUCUGGAAACGGAGCUGGUGGGACAACGCCGCCCCUUCUGUGGGUCUCCAGUGUGAGCCUGGGUGACGGCAGCUCUUCCACAGAUGGACGUGACAGUGGGGGAGGGGAGAACGGCCGGCCCAAUUCGAUGGAGGGGCUCCUCUGUCCUUGACCAUGUGCUGCAAGAGGGGACGGUGGUGCGAGUGGCUUGAGGGCAGGCAGGGGUCGGGAUGACGACGGACGGGCGUGGGGCGACGUGAGCCUCUCGAGGGACGACUGCAGCUGCUCCACCUCGCGAGUCUUGGCCUUUAGGGCCUCCUCCAGCUCCCUCACGUGACGGCGGUCGGCCUUGAGGGCCGACAGCAGGACGGCCUUGGUCUGAAAGGAUCGAGGAAAGGUGGAUGAGACGGGUGAAGCACAACUCACAAGGUGCUGCCAUGCACACAGAUUAAAUGGAUACGGACGUACCUGUAGGUUGGCUUGGUUCUUGUCUUCGAGCUCGCUGAGGGCAUUUCGGAAGCCCCGCUGCUGGUGCCAUAUGCUGGCCAGCGCAUCCUGCACACAGCGCAGCCGACGACACGCUUUGCUCCUGUCUGUGUGUGUGCGUUGUCCCCGCUUGUGUGUCUGACCUCCCACCCACCUGAGCCUUCGUCCUGAUGGCGUGCUCCCUAUCAAAGGCCAUCUGGAGCCGAUCCCUCUCCCUCCGGAGGGCACGGCCACGGAGACGGUCAUCUGCACACACACACACACACACGUGUAUGUCCGAGUGGCGUGAGUGCGACCCUCCCUCCCUCACCACUGUAGUGUAUGGAGCAUCUGAGCCUGUCGAGAUCCAUAGGAGGUCCCAGCCCAUCAUCGCGCAGAUACAGGGAGGCCGGACACAGGUGAGUCACUUGGACGUGGCGGCUGUGGGAGUAGGUCAUGGUCGGUGGGCUCCUUGGGGGAAGGGUGGGUAUCUUGCUCAUCAAGCAGAGCGCCCUUAGAAGGAGACGGCUGCUCGCCUAAAUGAAUGACAGACACGACAUCGAUCGAAAGGGCCGUGAGAUUCGCUUGCAUCUCCAUAUCUUCACACACGGCUUACCGACGGAGACCUCAUCCCGCGGCGACACGGAGUUGGCUGCCAGCCCUCGCUUCUCCCCCCUCUGCCCCUCGCACACACUGACUCCUGUGGGCCGUGGGGUCAUCGAGCGAUGGCAGGGACCAUCACUAGAGGGCUUCUCGAUCAGCGGCACCGGCACCGGCGGCCGCCUGAUGGAAGGAGGAGGCGACUGCUCCUCUUCGCUGCCCUCGCCCUCCCUCCCGUCCUCUCUCAGAGCCCCUCUCGGCAGCCGCGGAGGUGUGCUGGCCUCCUGCACAACAUCGGGUAGGGUCUUCCUGCCAGGGUGCCUUAGCGGACGGGGGGGCGCCUUGACGGCUGCUGGGGGCCUCUGGAUCAUGGCGUAUGGCGGUUGCGUGAAGGGGUGGUGGGCCAUAAAGGAUCUGGCGAGUGUGAGGAGGGAUGCGUUGCGCCGGCGGUACUUGGCGUGUCGGAAGUAGCGCUGUAUGGUCUCGGCCGCAAUGGUGCGCAGCUCGUGAGCCAUCAGCUGACACAGAGAGACCACAAGUACACCCACAGCCAAGCCAAGAGCCACUCUUCCCUUGUUUACCUGCUGUUGCUUCAGUAUCGCCUCGAUGUCCUCCUCCUCAUCAGCUUGUCCCUCUGUUGGUGCGUCAGCGCCGCUGUCCCCGCUGUCCAGCCCCGUGUCUCCUUUGUCCUUCUCCUCUGCCAGGCCGCCCACAUGAAGAGCGUCUGCAUUCUCACUGCUCCCUGCUGCCAGCGGCGCCACCAUGGCCUCUGUGGGGCUAUGUCGGCAGGGGGAUGCACUCAUCCUCGACACUGCACAACACAAGGUACCAUAAAUUAAUCAACACCAGUGCGUAUUUGCUCCUCGAGCAGUCACCACCCACACGUACCUGACCAGUCCAAUUCCGUCCCGGAGUCCCCACCCGAGUCCACACACGACACAGCAGCACCAGCAGCACCAGGAUCAACAGCAGCAGGCGGGGCAGCUGGAGAGGGAGCCCGUCCAACAAGCCUUCCCUCUCCCUCGGCAGGCCCGGGCAGCUGCACACGAGGCGCAUCAUUACUUCGCUCUCGCUGCAGCUGCAGGAAAGAUUGGAACGAAGCACGGGGUGGACGGAUGGCUCGCCGUGAUGUUAAGGGAGGCGCCUGAGGCUCGUCCGGAAGAGACCUCCUCUGCUGCGCGUCACGGAGGGGGGCUGGUGGGACAACGCCGCCCCUUCUGUGGCUCUCUAGUGUGAGCCUGGGUGACGGCAGCUCUUCCAGAGAUGGACGUGACAGUGGGGGAGGGGAAGAUGGCCGGCCCAUGGCCAUGGAGGGGCUCCUCUCUCCCUCUCCUUCUCCCUCUGGAUGCGCGGCCUCGUGCUCUCGCUCAUGUGCUGCAAGAGGGGACGGUGGUGCGAGUGGCUCGGGGGGAGCCAGGGCACGGGGUGAUGAUGGACGGCUGGCGGGCGACGUGAGCCUCUCGAGGGACGACUGCUGCUCCACCUUGCCACCGAGGGACUCGUCCUCGCCCCAGAAGUCGCCCCAGCCGUCAUCAACAUCCUCAUGAUGCAUCAGUGGCGGCGUGGGUGCGACUCCCUCCAUCCAUCCCUGGCCAUUAUUGUGUAUGCUGCUGCUGCUGCUGCUUCUGCUGGUGCUGGUACUCGACGGGCGUGUGAGGGGGCUGAGUAGGAGUGCCCAGUGUGGGCGAACCCGAUGGCGAGGCGUCUUAGGGGUGGGCAGACGCGACCAGUGGGGGGUCAGUGGGGGUGUCGACAGUGGCGUCGACGGGGACGACGUCCACCCCCUCGGCAUUGGGCUCAGCGGGUAGUCCCUCUCGGGCGACAGGGGCCGAGGGAGCCCUCGACGGAGCCCGACCACGUGCAGCAAUCCCCAACCCGGUGGUCUGAGCCGGCUGGGCCGCGAGCGGGGCGACCCCACGAGGGAAGGCGGCAACGGCAGCAGCUCUCCCUGUUGGUGGUGGUGCUGCUCCUGCGGCGCCCCAGCUGGCCCAUCCUCGUCGUCGGCCCCGAAGUUCCCCCAGCCGUCAUCAUCCUCUUCAUGCUGCACCGGUGGCGGCGAGGGUGCCUCCUCCCGGAGUCGUCUCGCGAGUUCCCGGUCGAUGUACUGGCUGAGCUCCCGUUGCCGCGCCUCCUCGUCUGCCUCUCUGUUGGCCUGUCUGACCUCCUCCUCGGUGACUUCAUCGCCGCCCAUGAACUUGAGUUCGGGGUCGACCUUCAUCUCGGGGCGGCGCCGCUCGAUCGGCGCGCCGAGGCCCUCGUUGUCAUACUUGCCAGCAUGCUUCGACAACAACUUGAUGCGCUCCAUACGAGCCAACUGAGAGACCACAAACCCAUGCGACACGAUGGAUCGGUCGCCGGUGUUGGUGCUUUCAGUUUGCCAGCGUUGUCACGUACCGUAUCUUGUGAGCAGGGGUGUGAUUUGGGUCGGUCAUCGUCCUCUUCCUCCUGCGCCCGGUCGCGGUCGCGGGCACCGCCCUCACCGCCACCGUCAUGGUCACGGUCUCGGUGGCGGCCGCGGCUGGUGUGGCGAUCCCGCUGCUGGUCGCGGUCCUCCAGGCUCCGCACAAACGUGGGGGCGAUACGACCUGCACACACAGAACACACACACACACACAGAGAGGGAUGAACAUUGCAACCACGUCGUCUGCCUGAUCUCUCGCCAUUGGCUUACGUGGAGCAGCGCCCCUUUCCGUCUCCUCAUGCUCAUCUCCCUGGUCCUCCGGGCUGGGCGGCCGGUGGGAGCGGUCCCCGCCAGUGGGACGCCGCUUGAGCUUGCCCCCGUCCAGACGACCGAUGCCCAGGUCACUCGAGUCACGCGAUUUGCCCUCUGGUGAGCUGGUGCGGUCAGCAGGGUGGGUCGUGUGGGGGCGGGGAGGGCUGUGGUCGUCCCUCGGGACCUCACUGGAUGGUGCAGCUGCAGCAGGGUGUGGCUGAGGGUCGCCACGGCGGAAUAGCUGACGACACAAAUACAUGGGAGCGUGCAGAGAGUGAGUGAAGGUGUGUGCUGUUGGUGUGCCUAGUGUGCUCUCGGUCGGUUGCCUACCGGUGAUGGUUUGUGCAUGGGCUCCCUCAUGAAGGCGUUGUUCCGAGGCCGCAUGUCGACAUCCCUCCCAGCACCCUCACCCCCACGGCCCUGCUCCCGUUCCUCAUCGACAUCCAUCGGCUGCCGCGCACCAUCGCCGUCUCCCUGCCCACCCCGUUGCCGCAUUCUGUCCCUCGUGCAAUGGUCCUGGGAGUCGCGCGUCAAGGGAUGCCGCAUGCCGGCUCCCAUAUCAAUGCCGGUGGCGUGGCCCUCGCCGCUGACACGGAUGCCACGGCCGUGCUCACGAUGACGGACAUGCUCAUCUAGCUGGGGCGCCGAGGGGUCUUCAGCAACAGCAGGGGACUGCCUGGACGAGGAGGGCAGCCCCUGCCCCCCCCCUGCCGACAUGGCGUCCGCCUCGGCUGGUGUGAGGCCAGCGCCCCGCCCGACGCUCCUCUCCGUCGCUGCGGCCGCCUCUGGGGGUGAGAAGAGGGUGCCUCCUUCCUUGAUUGGGCCUGCCUGCUCUGGGGGCCCUCUGCGAUAGUGGGAGGGGGCCUCGGACUGUGGCGAGGGUGAGAAGGGCUGGCCGUACUCGUCAGCCAGGUGCGGCUCGUCACCCACCCUCAGCCAGGCCUUGGGGUCCUUUAGGACCUUGAUGUCCUUCUCAUACUGCUUUCGCAGCCUUUCACCCUUCACAUACCUGACGAUAUUUCAAGAUACACACACACACAGGGGACACACACGGACGUCAAUACGUAUCCCGCAGCCCUAUAUUAUCUCGCUAACUUUUCUUUGAGCAUCUCGUAUCCCUUCUUGAGUGUCUCCAUCGCUUCCGCCAUAGCCGUGGCGUCGUGUACCGCCGCAUCGUGACCGAUCUCGUCCAGACGGUCAGCCGCUGGGGGCAGGUGCCGGGGGGCGGGAGGAGGGGGCGACACGGACGACAAACCGAUGAUAUCAACUGGUAAAGAUGCGCGAGUGUCUGUGUCCUCUGUGUGAGUGAGUGGUGCUGUGUCCGGCCUCACCUCCUGGGUCGGGUGACUGGUUGCCGGCACUAGACAGGUCGAUGUCGUGCCGCAUCUGGUCCUCCACCGCUCUGUCGACACCGAUGCGACCACCGGACAUCUCACUGCCAGCCGCAUGGGGGCCAGGGAGACCCAGCGAGUCGUCGAGGAACGCGCCGGCGGGGUCCUAACCGAACACACACAUAGACACACACACCAUCAUCACAAGGGGAAUGCCUGCCGCAUACGUGACGGAUGCGUAUGUGUGUGGGUACCCACCUGGUCCUCAGUGUCGAGAGGUGCUGGUGGUUCCUCGUGCGGUCUGGGUGGGCUGUGGCCCUGCAGCAUCUGCUCAACAUCACCGGGGGAGGGAGGCGCUGCCGCAUACCUGACCACACAACACGCAUACCGCACACACACAGUGAGUCGGGGCAUCCAUUGCGGGUCACACAGUGAGCUCUGUGCAGAGGUCUUUCAACUCUGUCUUGCCUUCCUGGAGGCCCUUUCUGAGUGCAUGCGUGUGCGGCAGGGGGGUGGAUGUGCGAACUCACUUACCGCGACGGCAUGCCGCACAUAUACCAGUCCCCAUCUAAGCAAGAAAAUGCCGGAUGGCGGGACGACGGCGGCGCGUCGGCGUCGUCUAUGGCCCUCACACGGGCGCGACGUCUGCGCUUCUUUUUGAUCAUCCACCGCAAGGUGGCCCGCAUUUCUUUUGCUCUCCCUCUCUCGAACAAAC